UGUUGGCUAGUGAAUAGUACUGGGAAAAGGGAUGGACAUACCCCAGUUGACCAUGCACAGGAAGCAAACAUAGGGAAAAUCAAGGUCACACUUCGCUCACAAGGGCCAAACAGUGAUUGGGAGUAUCUCAAAAAGCUGCAUCCUGUCAUUCCAGUGAUUCAAGCCAUCUCGAGUCAUAUGGAAAGGGAAUUUGUGACGUGGAAGAGGUACUCGCAUCAUACAACACCAGGUGAUCAGAAAGGGAUCGCGUUACUACAGAAAGCAUAUGAAACAUCACAGAUACACAAGACACCUCCAGGGCGAAAACUG